AUGAAGUUCGUCAACAGGAUCACGGUAUUUCUGCUGCUGCUGCUGGCAGGCGUAACCAAACCGAAUCAAGCGUGCAAACUAUACUCAAAAAGUAAUCUCCGAACAAAAUCGGAUGGCGUGCAGUUUCUGCGACUUAAGGAGGAUUUCCCGGUCGGUGGGGAGAUCGUGUCGCUGUACGCGUACCCUCGCAACUCGAUCCUCAUCCCGAGGACGGAAAACUCAAGCGAUUACGAGUACUUCAAGCUGAAGGAAAUCAACAGCACGGUCGUCAGUGUCAUCCUCAACCGGAGUCUGGACAAUCUGGUUGACUCCGAGGAUCCGCAGAGCAUCCUGAAGUUCAGUGUGUUCUGCAGCGGGACGGGCAUGAAGCAGGACAAUUCUUCAUUUUUUACAAUUACUGUUUACAUUGAAGAUAUUAACGAUAAUGAUCCCGAAUUUAUCAAUCUACCGUACGUGGUAACGCUCGACGAAUCAACGCCAAUUGAGACGGUGGUGUUUAAUAGAAUUAAGGCAAUUGAUCGUGAUAAGCCAAACACGCCGAAUUCCGACCUCGAGUACGCGCUGGCGGCGAAGCACAUGAAGAGCGGCGACUUUCCGUUCCGGCUCGAGAGCUCGCAGAAGCCGGCGCUGGUGCUGCAGCGUCCGCUCGACUUCGAUGCCGGCUGGCGUUCGAUGAGCGUCCAGAUAGUGGCGAGCGACCGGGGUAAUCCGCCCCGCACCACCAACGCCACCAUUCGGGUGAACCUGCGCGACGUCGACGAUCUGCCACCGAUCUUCACCCGGGCCCUGUACAAGACGCGCAUCAAGGAAUCGACCCCACUCACGGGCAAACCGAUUCACAUCCCGCUGUACAUCGAGCCACCGAUUAUGGCGUUCGAUCAGGACUCGCUGAACGAAACGCUCGUGUACGGCAUCGUGGCUGGGAACGAGCGGCAACUGUUCUGGAUCGCACCGGAAACGGGCGUCCUCUUCCUGCAGAAGGAGAUCGACCUCGAGAGCGAAAGUCUGCCGGAUAACACGUUCACACUGCAGAUCGAGGCGCAACAGAUAAACGACCCGGCAAAGAGUGCCUUCGCACGGGUGGAGAUUGAGGUGAUCGACUUGAACGACAACGUGCCCGAGUUCGAGGUAGACCUGUACAACAUCUCCAUCAUCGAGAACCUACCGAAGGGCUUCAGCAUACUACAGGUGAACGCGAUCGAUCGAGAUCAGGGAGAAAAUGGGGAGUUCUACUACUAUCUGAUGGAUGAGGAUCCCAAAGGAGCGUUCAUGAUCGAUCAUGGUUCCGGGUGGAUCGUGGUACGUGACGAAACGUUUCUGGACAAGGAGCAGCGCAGUUCGCUGAAGAUGAACGUGCAUGCGGUCGAGCGGAUAGAACAGUAUGAUCGUAGCCGUAACUACGGCAAGGUGCAGGUGGAGAUCACGUUACUCGACACCAACGACAACACACCCGAGUUCGAGCAGGGUACGCUGUACGAGUUCAAGACACACUGCAAUGCCACGGUUGGGUCCAAGGUUGGCCAACUGCGUGCGCUCGAUCCGGACGAUCUGGGCAAUGGAAAGGUACAGUACAACAUCAAAAACGUCCGACCGAACCUCGCCAUUCCGUUCCGGCUUGACGUCGACACGGGCGACAUACGUGUGGCGGAGACACUAACCUAUGGAAAGAUAGCAUUCUUCGUGGAAGCACGAGAUCAGCCACAGAAUCCGUCCGAGUCGCGAUUCAACGUAGCUCUCGUCACGAUCGACAUCGUGUGUCAGUCAAUCGAGGAUAUCGAGUUCAUCGGAGCUCCGUACGAGUUUUGGGUUGGGGCGGACGCCGCAAUCGGCUCAUCGGUUGGUCAAAUUCGAACCACCUUCGAUAUGGUGUCGGACGAAGAAAUCUUCUUCGACCUGCUCCACUCCUAUCCCGAGGGAGUCCCUUUCGCGAUCGAGGAACGAUCGGGCAUCGUAACGGUGAUCGAGUCGAUGGAGAAGUUCGACCGGCGAUGCUACGAGUUUGAGACGGUCGUCUCGUACUUGCCCGAGUCGGCAGGCAAGAAUACCGAACAAUUGACGCCGGAGGCGUACAACAGCCUGGAGAAAAUCAUCGUCACGAACGUGACGAUACACGUGAUCAAGCACAACUUCAUGCUGCUGCGCGGCACCAAUGCUACACCGAUCGAGUUCCGCGUGAAGGAGAACAAACCGAACGCAUUGAUCGGCCAGCUCAAGUUCCAAGACUUUCAGGAACAGUGUGACGCAGACGAGAAAGGCCUUCCACCGUUGAUAUCUGUGCGGGGUGAUAAGAACCGAGCGGAUCGACAAGUGUUUCAGCUUAAUGGUGGGAAGAAUCGAACACGGUACGCUCGACGGUUUACCCGGGACCUGUCCGCUCAGGCGAACCUGAUCCGACUGUACCCGUUGGUGACCUUUGAUGCAAUGGCGUCCGUUAAUGGCACCCGAAAGGCGAGAAACUCGCGUCAACCGACGAGUGGCGUGCAGUAUUCGUUGGUGAACAGCUACGAUGUGGCGGACACUGUGCGCCUUACGAACGAUGGCAAGCUGAUGACGAUAAAGGGACUCGAUCGGGAGCGACAGGACAUGAUCCGGGUGACGAUCAUCGCCGAGUACUUCUACAAACAACGGACGUUCGCUGGGAUCUAUCAGGUGGUGAUCGUUGUUGAGGACGAGAACGACAACCCGCCGACGUUUAAUCGACCAUUCUACUUGGGUGUGAUUGCCGAAAACUCACCGAUAGGGACGGAGAUCGUGCUCAACAACCCGAUCAUUAUCGCCGAUGCCGACGCUGCCGGUCCCAACAGUGACUACGAGUUGCUCCUAUCGGGCGAAUCGAACUCAUUUGUGGCACAGUUUUCUAACUCGACGCUCUCCAACUACAACAAAACAGUGGCGCAUAUCUUCCGGAACUUGCAGAUUGCCAAUGUGGACUCCGGUGAACGCCCAGCCCGACCUCACAAGCAACUGCAGGAGUACGGGAACGCGUCGACGCCACACUACAACAUCCUUUUCAUGGGUCCGAACAAGCUGGACCGCGAGGAGAUCGAGAGUCUUACGCUUAAGAUGACGGCCACCGAUCGGGACAAUCUGAUGUCGGAGGUGGAGCUUCGCAUUCUGAUACUUGACGUGAAUGACUGUGCGCCAGUGUUCGAGCGGGUCGCCAUUUUCCGUAAGAGCCGGUGCGAGAUGAUCGAGAACACGAGCGAUCUGGAGUUGCAAUACUUGGACGAGAUAGAGACGGAGGUGCUACCGGAGUUCCUCGAUUCGGGCGGGCUGUCGGAGCUGGCUGGAGCGAGUCGUGUGUCAUACGGAGUGGAGAGUCUGUUCGAGAUGGUCCAGUCGGCACCGUACGUUGGUAUGCCACGGUUGUACGAUAGCCAGGCGGUGAUGGUGAACCGUUCGGCCGAUCGGGAUCUGUUGACGAUGCGAAGGAAGCUGUACCGGCAGCAACAGAGAACGCGCCAGCGUGGACGGAAUACGCGUGCGGCCGCUCAGAAAUCUCAGCUGCGGUUUGCCCUGCCAGAGAACGUGGAAGUGGGCAAGGUGGUAUUGAAGCUGACAGCAAACGAUGACGAUUUUGAGAAAAACGCACGAGUGUUCUACGAGGUGUCGGGGCAGGUGGAAAAAACCACUGGCGACCGGGUGACGUACUUCAAGAUAGAUCGCAACAACGGCGAACUGAAGGUGGCCCAGCGACUGCCACCCGAGAGUGACAUCGCACUCAACAUCACCGCCAAGGAUGUGGGCGGCCUCUCGGACGCACUGCAAGUGUCAUUCAAGGUGUACGAUGUCAACGACAAUGCGCCCGUGUUCGAGAAGCAGUGGUACACGUUCAAUGUGGACGAGGGUUCGUAUCCGAUCACGGGCAAGAAGAUUGGGCAGGUGCGCGCCAACGACGAUGACACUGGUAUGAACGGGAACGUCACGUACCUGUUGCUGCCCAAGGGAGAUCAGAAGAUUCCGUUCUCGAUCUCCCCGCUCGACGGGACGAUCCGGGUUAGUGGGGAGAUCGAUCGCGAGACGGUGUCCUCCUACCGAUUUCGGGUGCUUGCCUCGGACAACAACUUCGACCUCAAGCUGUCCGCCAUGGUGGACGUGGAGGUGAUCGUGAUGGACCGUAACGACAACAGUCCCGAGUUCACGGCGUACGACGAACUGCGAAGUGACCGUAGCACCGUCCAACGACUUCCAGUGUACGUAGCGUACUUGGACGUAAACGCUCCGGUAGGUACGUUCGUGAAGCAGGUCCUCGCCCGCGACAGUGACUUCCGGGAGAAUGGCAACGGGCUCGUAAUCUACUCGCUCACGGGACAAAGUGACGUCCUCCAGUUCACCGUUGACCCGAAGGAUGGUGUGGUAACAACGGCAUCCAAAUACACUCAUCCCAACGACGGCCGGAAGCAAAACCAGCAGGUAAACGUGUCCGUGGUUGCAUCCGACUUCGGAACGCCACCACGCUCCAGCGUUGCCCUGCUGAUCGUGAACCUAAAAGGUGACCCACAGCAUAGGCAACCGGUGGAUGAGAAGCCACCGCUCUUCCCUUACCGCUACUACGAGAUCGAGCUGCGAGAGAACGACCCAGCACCACGGAUCGUCCUCAACGUGACGCUCUCGAAACGGUACGCCAGUGAACCGUUCCGGUGGGAGAUCGUUGGUGACACGUUCGAUGGACAGUUCCGGAUCGACGAGCGGAAUGGAUCGCUCUGGUUGCUGCGGCCACUCGAUCGUGAGGAACGGGACGCGUACGAGGUGAAGAUCCGGGUGGAACGAUUGAAGCGCGAGAGUCGCAGCAUUCCGAGUGUGCUGUACGCGCUGGAGAACCCGGUACGACGGAAAAAUCAGCUGCAUCGGGUGCACGACAACGAGGUGGAGAUCAUGAUCAAGGUGGUGGACGUGAACGACAAUGCGCCGGUUUUCCGCGAUAACUAUGGACCGAUCAUUUCCGUCGUGCCGGAUACUGCCAACUACGGAUAUUCGGUGAUGAAAGUUGAGGCCACCGAUGAUGAUGCCGGCAGUAACGGAGAGGUUCGCUACUCACUCCUAAACGAACCAGCACGGCUCUUCGCCAUCGAUCCACUCACGGGCCAGAUCCGGCUACUGAACGCGCUGGCCACGUUCAAGGAGAAGGUGUUCGGAUUCGACGUGAAGGCGACCGAUCGCGAGGGUGCCGACGAUGGCAAGUCUACCAUCGUGAACGUGUUCGUGUACGUACUGCACGCGCACCAGGAAGUGUGUCUCAUCCUUGCCGGGCUGCCGGUGGACAUCGAGAAGCAGCUGGCGAUGAUCUCCUCCAGCCUCAGCACCGCCACAGGCUACGACAUUCGAAUACGGGCCCUCGAAAGCAACGCCAAAGUGGACGAUGCCACCAACCUUUACCUAUAUGCCAUCGAUCGCAAAACGAAUGGGCUCGUGGAAAUGACUGAACUCCAAAGAUCUCUCUCCCGGUUGGAUAUGUCGAACCUGAAACCUCACCUCCCGAUCAUAGAGCUUACGGAGCUGGCGGUCAAUACCAUCGAGCCGCACUCCUUCGAUGCCGGCAUGAAGGGCAUCGAGCUAGCAACCGUCGUUAUCGGAGGGCUAAUAUUUGCCGGUGGAACAGCGACGGCCCUCUGCAUCGCUUGCGCACGUUACAGGCGCCUCAUACCCCUGCCAACCGUCGGUGGACGGGGUGGUGGUGGUGGUGGAAGCAGUAACACGUCGGCGGAAGAUGUCCGAGUUCGGAGCAGCAUAUCGCGGCUAGGGCUCGGAGCGAACAGCGGCAACAACAACAACACCAACACGGCCGGGAGCACACGACCGAUCACCGGCGCCGACAUACAGCCCGUCAUAAACCGGUCCGACCUGAAGAGCUCCAUCUUCCAUCCGAACUUCCAUCGGCAGUUUGUGACCAACAUCAGCACCGAAGCCGUGGCGGAGCAUAGCAACGAGGGAAACAAUAGUGACAGCUACGAAGACUCCCUGAAGGACUCGCUGACAUCGAACACGAGCCUAUGACAAUCGGGGAACCCUCCCGGGAGGACCUACUACACUGUACAGUUUAGUCGUAAGGGAGAACCCGCCGAAGGAUGACCAGAACGACGAUUGUUGAUUAGUUUUGUAAGCUGACCUGUACCGAAACCCGUUGACUAGGAACGGUAGAGACUGUGUAAAUAC